UAGAAUGUCAAUAUUUUGAACUAGAUUUUUUAUCCUGACCAAAUGCUGAUAUUUUACCGGCCAGUUUGAAAAAGAAAUCACCAAUAAACCUGAGCGACCACUCAAACACCAAAAUGUUUCCACACGAGACCAAUACCAUAUACAAAAUGUACAUGUACAUGUCCGACAAGAUAUGAUAAGUAAAUAAAUUGCCACUGAACACUAUUGAACAUUCAUGAUCAUUACUUAAGUUAGGUUUGGUUUGAAACAAGUUACCACUUAUUAACCAUUUUGGUGUGUAGUACAUAAAGCCCCAGUAUACUAAAAUCACUAAUGUCUUUGGACAAGUAGGAAGAAAAAUGAAAAAUUUUAAAAUGCGUUGAGAGUACUAAAUGUACUCAGGAUUUUAAAUUUAGUUGUAAAUUUAAUACAUUGUGAAGACGAUUGUAGGUUUAUUAGGCCAUAAACAAAUCCAAUGUUUCAGCUAACAGAAACAGUUCCGACUUUACAAAAAGAAUGUAUAAAAUCGCAAAUUUAAUUCUUCAUGUUUUGUUUUGACAGAUUUGCCUAAUUGUGUCUGGAAUUGUAGACUAAGUAGAAUUUAAUUUUGAAGUUUAUGAUGGAACAAGUUUUGGCGGAUAUCCCUUUUGGUUUCAUUGGUUUUCUCUCUGACUUCGAAUUUUCUGAAGCUUGCUCUUUUUGUUCUGAUUUUAAUUUUGAUGUUCUAGAGUUAUUUAUUUGUGGAUUAAACUAUUUGGUUUUCUUCAAUGCUGUAGAGUUUAAUUCCACUGUUGUCGUAAUUUCACUUAAAGCCAUCUGAUAAAAGCAACACAUAUGAUUAAGCAUUAAAAGUAAGUAUACAAUGCAGACAAUCACAUAAAAAGCGUUGUUCCUGCAUAAAGUUUCAUUAAAGGGUUUGCUAGUACAGUGUGUAUUAUUUAUCAUUUAUCAAAGCUCUGUAAUUGUUAAAAUAGAGCAUAUUGAAAUUAAUAGAUGUAAUUAUUAUUAAAUACAAUUCAGUGAUUUGCUUUUAUUUCAGUCAGUACCAGCUGGUAUUUACAAUGAUGGCAUCCAGAUCUAGACGUCGGCAACAAACAGCAGAUUUACAAAUACCAUGCCCGGUUGGCCACCCAGUUUGGGUUAAGUUAACAGGGGAUGGAGGUGGGGCAUGGUGGCCAGGAAAACUUUUAAGAAUAGACGAAGUGUACUUUUGGAGUGAUCAAAGCAGGACAGUUAAGAUGCGCAGAGGACAAAGAGAAUUUUGAAACAGAUCUCAAAAGAGCAUUGGCUCUACAUCAAAAGGGAACUCCAGACACUGUCAGUGAAGGCAGCGAUACUAAGGGAAAUCCAGACACUGUCAGUGAAGGCAACGAUACUAAGGGAAAUCCAGGCACUGUCAGUGAAGGCAACGAUACUAAGGGAAAUCCAGACACUGUCAGUGAAGGCAACGAUACUAAGGGAAAUCCAGACACUGUCAGUGAAGGCAACGAUACUAAGGGAAAUCCAGACACUGUCAGUGAAGGCAACGAUACUAAGGGAAAUCCAGACACUGUCAGUGAAGGCAACGACUCUAAGGGAAAUCCAGACACUGUCAGUGAAGGCAACGAUACUAAGGGAAAUGCAGACACUGUCAGUGAAGGAAAACUGAUGUUGAUCCAAGAUUUCAAUGCAGUCAGCAAAUUCAAAGGCAAAAGUAUUCAAGAGAUCAGUGUAGAUGAAAUCAUACAAGAAGGAGAAGACUUUGUCUCUGGGAAUUCUAGUGACAUUGAGGCGGCAUUGCACCAAAAAAGUCAGGAGAACACAGAAAUGGAAUCGGAGGAAACACCAGAAGCUAUGGAAUUGGAGGAAAUCCCACAAACUUCCAGACCACUGCCACCAAAAGAGAAAAAAGCGACAAAACAGAGAGUUAAAUGGACAUGUGAAGAAAUCGAAGAGGUUGAAAAGCUCUUCCAGGACAACUUAAAAAAUGGGAAAUGUCCUGGUUUCAAGGAAGUCAAGAAAUGCAUUGCUAUAAGCAAAACACAGAAUGGACUUAUCCACAACAGACAGUGGGAGACCAUUAAAAAGAAAGUUUGGAAUCUAAUCCAAAAAAAAAAGUAGCUCUUCAAAUGUGUAUUAACUAUCUCUGAAAAUUGACUGACCAGCCCUAAUGUUUAGCUCUCCUGAUAAUAGGGAGCAAUUGCUAUUCACUCUGUCGACAGAUGUUAUAGAACUUGGUGACUGUUAAGGCUCUUGGGUCUCUUGUUUUUGUUUAAGUGUUCAGUUUCAACAAGAUGACAAAGCAGUCAUGAAGACAUUGAUCAGCUAGUGUUCUUGUUAACUGCAUUGAAGUAAAUUUCAGUAUAAAAACAAUAUUGUAACAUAUUCUAUUAUUAUAUUGUGAGGGGAACAUUCUGACCUCUAACAGAAAUAUUUCAUAAUGAGCAUUCAAAUUUAACUGACAAGCCAUUUCCUGAAAACGUUUUAAAAUUCAAUGUUUUAGUCGAGACAAUUUUUGUCAUUUAUUUAGUUACUGAUGAGUAACUACAGUUUUCAGAUAAAAAUGCUUCUUCUUGACAUAAUGUGAAAUAAUUUUAACAUAUUAGUUUUUAAAAAAACAGGUAGUUUACAAACAAAGUGGAGGGGAACCUAUUUUGUUUGCUCCGUUUCUUAUUAUCAUUAUUAUUCGGCUUUCUUCGAUCUUUCAAUUAUGGACUUGUCCAGCGAUUUCCUCCUAAAGCACUGGUUUUAAGUACAUAAAUGUCGGUAUUGAUGUCUUCACUUUGAUAGAUAUUUGUGUGUUAAUGAUUACAUUUAUUAACAAAACACAACUUGUAUGUCCCAUUAAAAAGGAAGAAACUUUUCUUAAUGUGAGUGUGUGUGUGUGUUUCACAUGGUUUUCAAAUUAAUUUGUGGGAAUUAUUUCAUGGAAAUAUGUAAAAUCCUCAAUAAACAGGAGUUUUUGUUGGA